AGAUAGCAUAGCCACAAAGUCAAAAUAUCGUAAUAAUUAAUGAAAACAAAAAAUAGCUUUUUAGUUUUAAUGUAAGGUUAGGCAUAAGGUUAUCAGUAUGGGUUAGGUUAAAAUCACAUUUUAAGAAUAUGAAUUGUGGAAAUAGGCAUGGUCUAUGAAUUUGUGGCUGUGGUAACUAGACGACUGUCAAGCUGCUGGCUAGCUAUCUGUUUGACAGAGACGGGAGAGGAAGCGAGACACCCCACUUGCUGUUUUGUGUUUGUCUGUGUUUUGGUUUCGGUUUUGUUUCAAUGGGGAUCAGUGAACUAAGUAGGCCAGACGCCGUUGUAUUGCAUUGGCGUCUAUGGGAGACACACCCAGUUAAGUUGACCGGAACUGAACGUUUGUUUUCAACGGUAAAUGGCCUGGGUGGUCUUAAUUUAUCUACCAUCUUUGAUGGGGAGAAGUCAACAAGGAUCCCAGUAACGUUACUUUUCACUUAGAAAAUGGCAAAAUGGUCUGUCGCAGAAUAAAUUUCAGAGCAACUUGGAACAAAUACCUGGAUUUCUAGUAUUGUAUUUUCACAUAGGAAAGUUGGGGGUCUGAUGAGAGAUGCCUGUCGAAAGUGGAAGCAGUGCAUCUUCCCGCCAGGCCAAGCAGAAGCGCAAGUCCCACAGCCUGUCCAUCCGUCGGACCAACAGCACCGAGCAGGAGCGCACAGGUUUACAGAGGGAGAUGUUGGAGGGACAGGAUUCCAAACUACCAUUGUCGUUGAGGAGCAAUCUUUUGGACCUCUUUGGCCAGAUUGAGAGGGAGUUUGAAAACCUCUACAUUGAAAACAUUGAGUUGCGUAGAGAGAUUGAAACCCUGAACGAUCGUUUGACAGCUGAAGGACAAACCAUCGACGGGGGAGACUUGACUAAGGGGGCACUUAAAGCGAAAGCAAGUCAUAGCACAAGUCAACUUUCUCAAAAACUGAAGACAACUUAUAAGGCAUCUACAAGCAAGCGCUCACAUUCUUUCCAUGGCAAAGUAGGUGGUGGACCUCUUCCCACCUUCAAUGUGGGGAACAUUGUGGAGUUGUGGGGUGGAGACUCAUGGGUAACAGGUUCUUCAUUUCCCCCGUGUCCCCCCGCCAUUAUGCAUGAGCAGCCCAGCCAUGGGGCUGAUGCACCAUCUCCAAGGCACUUGGUGAUUGAAAUUGGGAACUUAUUUAGUGGUUUCUUUCAAACACCUGCCCCUCCCAGAAGUCCAACUUGUUUUAUCUCCAUUUUAGAUAUCGUCUCCAGUUUUAAAGCCACCACGUCCAGAGCCGUGUGCCAGCUGGUCAAGGAGUAUGUAGGCCACAGGGAUGGUAUAUGGGACCUGAGUGUCACCAGGACACAGCCCAUGGUGCUGGGCACAGCGUCAGCAGAUCACAGUGCUAUGCUAUGGAGCAUCGAGACUGGAAAAUGCCUCCUGAAGUAUCUAGGUCAUGCAGGAUCAGUUAACUCUAUCAAGUUCCAUCCCACGGAACAGAUGGCUCUUACAGCGUCUGGUGACCAGACAGCCCAUAUCUGGAGGUACACGGUGCAGCUGCCCACCCCACAGCCUGUAGCCGACAUCAGUACGCCCUGUGACGACGACAUAGACUUCUCAGAUAAGGACGAGGCUGACGGGGACGGUGACGGACCUAACGAGUGUCCCUCCAUCCGCGUCUCUUCCACUACCCUCAGGAGCCACCAGGGGGUGGUCAUUGCUGCAGACUGGCUGGUGGGGGGCAAGCAGGUGGUCACAGCCUCUUGGGACCGGGCUGCCAACCUGUACGAUGUGGAGACCUCUGAGCUCGUCCACUCACUCACUGGCCACGACCAGGAGCUGACCCACUGCUGCACCCACCCCACCCAACGUCUGGUGGUCACCUCGUCCAGAGACACCACCUUCCGUCUGUGGGACUUCAGAGACCCCUCCAUCCACUCUGUCAAUGUAUUCCAGGGACACACUGACACGGUGACGUCAGCAGUGUUCACUGUGGGGGACAACGUGGUGUCUGGGAGUGACGACCGCACCGUCAAGGUCUGGGACCUCAAGAACAUGAGGUCACCCAUAGCUACCAUCCGCACAGACUCUGCCGUCAAUAGGAUAAGUGUGUCAGUGAACCAAAGAAUCAUUGCUCUUCCUCACGACAAUCGUCAAGUCCGGCUGUUUGACAUGUCAGGAGUGCGGCUGGCUCGACUCCCACGCAGCAACAGACAGGGCCACCGGCGCAUGGUGUGCUGCUCAGCCUGGUGUGAGGAUAACUCUUCCUGUAACCUGUUCAGCUGUGGCUUUGACCGGCAGGCCAUCGGAUGGAACAUCAACAUACCCGCGCUGCUGCAGGAGAAGUGAGCCCAGCCAGGACAGGUCCAGAGUCACCUCUGAGCCACCUGCCUGGCCCAUCUGCUAAUUGAGCCCAUCUUAAGAGCUGAUCCCUGGUCAGUCACAUACCCUGACCCUCAGGCAGGGAGGGGAGAAGAUUGAUCAAGGACCCCCCCCCGACCACUCUCUCUUUGUGUCAAUUCCUAUAUUCUUUUGACACUCCAAAUGUGGGCACAGUCUAGUCUACAUGGUCUGAAUAUACAUACCAUAAUACAUACAUGUGUGACUCUGUGUGGUGGAUUUCAAUCUUGCCCAUGUACAGAAAAUGUGAAGGACUACUCUCUGCUUUGUUGUUGGGCUUAUUUUGAUCCGUUUAUUCAUCAAAUGAUUAAUCAAAUUGCUGCUGAAGAUAAAUAGCACAGUGUCGAACAGGAGGUAUGGGGGGGGGGGGGUGUAAAUGUAGUUUGGCUAAUUUUCAGUUCAGAACAAGUCUGUGCCACGUAGCUGGUGUAGCCUUAGAAUAUGAUGAUGUUGAUGAUCAGCAUUUCAUGGAGACUUGUGUUUUGAAAUGCCACACAUCUGCUUUCUACCUAUCUAACCUGCUCAGAUGUACAGCAGGCCAAGCUAUAUAGCUGUCAUUUUGGCAGAGCCACACCUUGAAGAAGUCUACAGGUCCAGGACAGUCUACUGCUGAUUAACUGAGCUCUGCUUCGUACAAUACAAUGAGGCUACAGUACAGUGAGUUCUUGUGGCUCUGUCAUGCACCUUUUAAAACCAAUAGCUGUUACAGUUUAUUUUGUUGUGUAACACUUUUUAGCCAAAAUCCCAUUGCCGCUUUUGUACAGGAUGUUAAGAAGCCCACUCCGACACAUUAUGUUGUACCAUUGGAAUAACCUGUGUAAACAAUCCAUGUUUUGGGGGUGGAGGUUGAUCGUCUUCACCAUUUCAAUAGGCACUUCAUUUGUGUGUAAUAUUCAUAACUGAGUCUUAGAAAGUAAGACGUUCUGAAAUUGCUGUUUAGAUAUAGAGUUUACCGUUAGCUGUAGAGUUUACCGUUAGCUGUAGAGUUUACCGUUAGCUGUAGAGUUUACGAGCAAUAUUAAUUGGUCAAGUGUAUCUUCAAAUAUUUUAGCAGUGCCAUUAGUCAGUAUUGAAAACCUGUUACAGGGAUACAUAGACCAGUCCUGUUUGUUACCACAUGGUACUUUUGUAAGUGGAAUCUCAUUAAGAGCAUUCAAAUGCAAUAGCUGUAACAUGCUUGUGUGGUCAGUGAUCAUGGCAUUAAUGUCUGCUUCCAAAACAACAAACUGCAUAGAAAACUAAAAGAAGAGAUUGUUGUGAUGUGUUUGGGGGGGGAUAGUAUGAUGUCACAAAGUACCGGUGUCUGUUUUUGUUUUUAGAUGAAGAGAGUUGAUGUUGGCCUCUAAAACAUUUGGAGCGUAAUUGUCUGCAGGAAUCACUUGGCAGGCAGCACAGUUGACUAAAUUCCUGCUCUUCCCCAGACAAAUGCUAAAAAAGGAUCUAUGUAGCUCAGUACAUGAGACAAGCCAGUUUUAUUUCAGUAGUAAAGGCUUCUGUAGAGACUUUUAGAUAUACUUUGUGUUUUGCCAAUGUAUAACAAAAUGAUGCUCAUUAAUAUUGAUACAGUAACAGCCACAUUGAACAUCUUAUAUCCCAUAUUGAAUAGUUAUCGUGACAUGUCUAAAAAAGCCAUGAAGACAAGUGUAGAAGAAGCCCACGGUUUUAAGUGAGCAUAACUUUCCUUUCACAAUAAAUCUCACAUCUGGUGCAAAUUAAAUGUAAUAUAUUCCGAUAUAUUCAAAGUGGCCCAUUUGGCUUAAUGGUGUCUUACUGCUGCAUAUUUUAUUAACCUUUUUAAUGUUAUGAGGUGCUAUUUUCAUUUCUACUAGUUCUUCAUCCUGUGCAGUUAAAUCAGUUGGAUCUCUUAGGUUUCAUUGACUGAAGUGUUGUUGCUUUAAUCUAUAGGGGUUUGCAUACAUCUCAAAUACUGAUUUAGUUGUAAUUCUCACAUAUAAUUUACAUCCGGGAUGUCUUAGAGGGCGACGGCUAGCCUGCUCCCAGAUCUGUUUGUGCUCGAGCCAACUACAUUGGUCUUUAUCAAGCCAAACAACAUGACAGCGGGUGGAUUCCAUUAUGCUGAGCCGUGGGGUACCGGUCCAUGGCCCAUGACGUGAAAGGGAAAAAGCGGUGGGGGAGGAGCACCCUUCUCAAAUCAAACAGUAAUCUGCGCCACUUGGUCAUGUCAGCAUCUCUUUUCUAUAAAAUGUUUGAAUUUUCAGACUAGUUUUCAUUGGAAAGGCUGAUUUUUUUUUUUUUUUUAAAGCGUUGUUUAUCAAAAGCAGUCACUUUUUGCAUUUGAAAACAGAAUCCAACUCAUCACUCCACGUGCUUAGUUACUUCACUUUUGUUCCGAGCCGACUUCGCCUUGGGCUUUGAACGCGGCAUCUGGCUCCAAAACGAAUGCAAUCAACUUUCACCCGGUGCAAACACGCCUACCAGGGCCAGAUGAAUCAAAUCCCCUCAAUGAGUGACAAGGAGUUGGCAUGAUGGCACAAACAGACUGGCACUCAAGCAAGCUACUGCAUAUUUUGUUGUGCAGUCCUAUGCAUGACUACCACAUGAUGUAGUACAAGAUGCAUUUAUUCAGUGAUUAUAGUAGGCUGUUAAAUGGGUUGGUAAAAUGAGGUGCCUCUUGGACCGAAGCCGUCCAGGAUUGUCAUCAUCACUGAUUGAAGUGAAACAGAUUUGUUUGAAUUUCAAAAAUAUCAAACGUGUGGCCUCACUGGUCUGUGAAUGUGUCAUUUUAAAAUGGUUUUCCAGUAUUUUCUUAUUUGCAGACAGUCUAUCUACAGAACUGGAUUUGAUUGCACCUGAACUCAAGCCACAUCCCAGAUCUGUUUGUGUUCUUGCCAACUCCACUGCUCAUUUGGCAUUUGUUACAAUGAGUUUGCAUGAUGGCACACAGACUGGCACUCCGGCUACCUGAACUCCUUAAUCACACAUUCGGAGCCACCAUGUUUAGCUAAUUGACCAUGUUUAUCAUCAACUUUAAUAGUUUUGUUAUUAUUUACAUUUCAGUCUCAUGGUUUUCUCCCUCAUAAUGUAAAUCUGGUCCUGUGUUCCUGCUCUUUUGUGUACCAAAGGGCACCCUAUUCCCUUUACAGUGCACUAUUUUUGACAUGAGCCCUAUGGGGCCUGGUCAGAAAUAGUGCACUACGAAAGAAGUAAUGUGCCAUUUGGGACGUAUCCCUCAUUACAUCACAAAUUUAGCAACAGAAAUCAACUGUGCAAUAGCUUUAAUAAAAAUGUUUUUUUUUUUACUUAGCUAAUGAUAUUGUAAGAGUGCCACUAGUACAAAAAUCUCAACAUGAAACAGUUUUUGCAGACAGCGGUGUUGUGCGAGUGAGAGAGCUAUGUAUAAGGAACAACAGCUUGUGAAAUAAAAUGUUGUGCUGUUUUACUCCCUCA